GAGAUACCUGAGACAAACAGACAGGCAACUGACUGAGAUUCAUCUGAGAUAACCAACCAGCCAGCCAUACGUGUGAUGCAGAAGAGUAUGUUUAUGUGGAGAUCUGCUGUCCUCCUGCUGUGUUUGACCGCGCUCCUUCAAGAUUGCUCAGCGCAGUUAGAUGUGUGUGGACAAGCCUCCCUGAACACGCGGAUCGUGGGCGGGCAGGAGGCCGCAGUGGGGGCGUGGCCAUGGCAGGUUAGCCUAACACGGAACGGCAACCACUUCUGUGGGGGGGCACUCAUCAACAACGAAUGGGUGUUGACCGCUGCCCACUGCCUGAACAGCAACUCGGCGCUGGAUGGCCUGAGUGUGCGCGUGUCCGUGAGGAGUCUGGACAACGCCGACGAGGGGACGACGUAUCAAGUGGAACAGAUUGAACUCCACCCCUCCUAUAACCACACCUCCUACAGCCAUGACAUCGCUCUGGUGCGCCUUGCUACAUCCUCCUCCUCCUCCUCCUCCUCCUCCUCCAUCCUCCGCCCGAUCUCCUCCUUCUCCAACGUGCUCCGCCCGGCCUGCCUGGCCGCUGAGGGUUCCACCUUCAACACCGGGACGUCCGCCUGGAUCGCAGGAUGGGGCAGCACGCAGCAUGGAGAGUCCCUGUCGUCUCCUCAGACGCUGCGUGAGGUGGAGAUUCCCCUGGUGGACCAGAGUCAGUGUGUGGCGGCGUACAGAGGAUACGGCAUCACCGUCACCGACAACAUGCUGUGUGCAGGACUACUGGGAACCGGGGGCAAGGACACAUGCCAGGGCGACUCAGGUGGCGCGCUGGUCAGCAAGCAGGGCAGCGUGUGGCUGACCAUGGGCGUGGCCAGCUUCGGCGUGGGCUGCGGCGAGGCGCAGUACCCCGGCGUGUACACUAGGGUGGCGCCGUACGAGUCCUGGAUCCGCUCCCUCACGCAGAGCAGCCUGCCGGGCUUCAUCAAGGUCACCCAGGUCACCACGCAGACCGUCACAGACGCGGCCAUCACCACCUCCUCCUGCUCCAGCCUCCUGCUCCUCCUCGCCUCCCCUCUGCUCCUGUCCAUCAUUCACUGAGGAGCGCAGUAUACUCCCCUUAUUGCAGGGGUGGGGAACCUAUGUCUCGAGGGCCGUUUGCGACCCUUGAGGCCGUUUUAUACGGGCCCCGAUGUAAUUUUAAUGUUAUGAAGCUUCACAUGAAAUAUGACAUAUUUUGUGAUGGAAUCUUAGAAAAUACAUUUGCAAUACAAUUAAGUUAUAUUCAGGGGACCUAGAGAAGGUGGAAUUUGUUUUAAAGGUGUCUGCCUUCGAUAUAGGCCUAAAGUGCAGGGGGAAAUCCAUGUUUGUGUUCAAAGUAUGGCCCUCAGAGGACUUUUACGGCCCUCGGAUGAAUUUGAAGUGGCCCCUCGAAUGAAAAAGGUUCCGCACCCCUGCCUUAUAGGCUGACUAGCUACUCCACCCCUCCCUCCUGCUCCUCCUCUCCACACCACUAGCUACCCCACCCCUCCACUCCUCCCUAUCCAUGUCUACCUCCUGCUCCUCUUCUCCACUCCAGUGUUCUAUCAUUCACUGAGAAGCACAUGUGCACACCUCUUUUUCCUCUUCCUUCUCUCCUCUAUCCCUCCCUCUAUCAAAUACUACAGUAGAAUCCACCCCUCCUCUCCACCCUGCUACUCCUCUGCAUCAUACACUGAGGAGCACAUACUCCUCUCUUCACUCCUUCCCAUUACCCCUCUAUCCUUCACUCCUCUCAUCCUCCCGUCUUGUGUCUUCUCUGCUGUCCAUCAUACACCACCACCCACCCUUCCUGUCCUCUCCUCUCCACUCCACUCAUCCUCUACUCCCCACAGAUGAAAGCUAAAUGCAGAACGCCAUGUGCAAAUGAAGGAAGCGACAUGUGUGAGGUGAAGGGGAAUUUGUUGUACGUAUGAUUGCAGUAUUGUAGUAUACAGUGUUGAAUUGUGGGAUUUGUAGUGUGAAAGGUGGCUACAGGCCAGUGAUUGUCUCGUUUAUCAUCAAUUUAUUAUUUAUUUAAAUAUUUAUGAAAUCUAUUUCUGCUAUACAUUAUCAGCACUUUUCUGGUUGUGAGUGUGUAUCAUGACAUAAUGUCAGGACCUACUUAAUGUAAUUGUGUGUGGCAAUAAACAAAAUAAU